UUCAAACCUCUGGCCGAUUCUUGCUGCUUUGUUUAGUUGGAAUUGGGUGGUUGGGGAGAUCCCGCCCGCGUCCUGCGUCUCACAGACAUUUUCAACAAGAGCUGAGAGGUGACUGAAGGGAGCCACUGAACAACAAAGCCACACACAAGGGACGGGAACACUAUACACUGCAACCUCAAACCGACAGACACAACCUGAGCCUCCCUGAGUCGCCGUUCAGCAAGAGCCCGCCGCCCAUAAGCUCACCAACUCGCGCCAAACCAAACCUAUCUACCUACCACAACCCCGGCCUUGACCAGAACAGAGAGACGGCAAAGGAACAACUAGGUCAGACAGGUACAUCGACACGGCUGCCUGGGCAACAGACAAUCCCAUCAUACUGGCCGGUGAGAGAAUCGAAUAGCGAGACAAGUCCUUGUCGUCGGUUUCUCUCUGCCCGACCCGACUCCAACACACACACACACACUCUCUCUCCCCUUCUGCACCUGAAGCGGAUUCCCCAUUUUUGCAGCUCCACCUCGGAUGCCUCAUACAGGCUUAUAGCUCCAAUUCGGUGUGGUCUGGAUCCAUCCCAUCUUCAGCUGCGCCAGGUCUGUCUGUCUGUCUGUCUGUCCAAAGGUUUUUGCUUGGGUCCUGGUCCUUGGGCUGUAGGCGUUUGCUUUGCUUUGCUGUUUUCCGUCCGCUCGUUCGUCCGAACGCCUUCCUUGCUCCCGGGUUUGUUGCUUUUGCAAGUGGUGUGGGCCGACCGACAUUUGUUGUUGACAUAGAAACCAACCUGCACGGGAACUACCACCACCAGUCCAACCAAGCCUGCACCGCCCGUCCGCCGCCGCCGUGUGUACGUGCGGGCUCGAGUGCAGUCGCCUUGGAGUUCCACCGCCCCUGACCUGCAACCCGACUGACAGACACCUGCCCGCCGCGACUCGACCAAGAUAUGGUUCCCGCACCACCACCAGUCCCGACGCGGUUCCCUUGUUGGGUUCGGGCUGUCUACUCGUGGGGAGGAGAGGUGCGUGCCUACUAGACAGAUAUACUGCAAUUACCUUCCUGCGAACAAACGCGACCUCGGUUUCAUCGAAGGCGACCUAAUAGAAUGUCUCAACGCCGGCGACGGCUCAUGGUGGACGGGGAGGCUAUGGCGCGACAGGAGGGCAAUUGGCGUCUUCCCCUCCAACUUCGUCGAGCUGAUGCCCGAAAACUUCAGGCCGACAAGCAGAUCCACGAGCCCCAUGGCUUCCAGCAACUCGCCCAGUCCCAGCGGCACCCCGCAAAAGUCGAGGACCUUUCGGAAACCCUUCGAGGCCUACUCAAAGGCUCCCCAUUAUACGACAGCAAAAGUCCCCGAGACCUACAAGGAUGGCUCUGUAAGCCGACCCCCGCGCGCUGGCUCGAUUCGACCACGAUCACGAGGACCCAUAGGGCACCCAGGAGGAAGAGAGGGCGGGCAUGGCUACGGAUAUCCCCACGGCGGUCCUCACCCGCCUAGCCAUGGAGGGAGGGCACCGUCACCGGCACCAUUCAGAGCUGCGUCGCCGAAUCCCUACCGAGCACCCUCUCCGGCUCCGUAUCCGGUACCGAUACCGCCGCCUCUAGCCGGGUCACCAGCACCGACAGGACCCUUCCGGGCAGCAUCACCGUCGCCGUACAGGGAAGCAUCGCCAGCACCAUACCGCCCCCGAGCUUCGUCGCCCGCCCCAUACGUGCCCUCCCCCGCGCCAUACCACCCCCAUUCGCACUCACCGUCACCGGCACCGCUCCGAAACACAUCGCCAUCCAGGUCACGAUCUCCUUACAAGCAUCAGCUGGAUUACAGGGGAACACCACCAAUCAGAGAUGCGUCGCCGGCCAGAGCGUAUUCGCCAAUGAGAGCUCACUCCCCCGCGCCGCCAUCGCCAGCACCCUCGUACAGGCCCUACCGACCUCCCCAGCUCCAGGAUGGCCAAUAUCAGGAAGGAGGUCCCGGGGGAGGGGAUUCACCGCCUCCACCGCCCCCUCCGCACCGCAACCCCAUUUCACGACAUGGAUCCAAAAACUCCUACAACGGGGACCAGCAUUCACAAUAUCAACCACAAUACUAUGAGGAUAUACCAAGACCAAAUUCCACGGCUCCAUACAACCAGAGUUACAAUGGCUACCCAAUGGCAAGGACACCGUCACCAUGCCCUCCUUCACCGGCGGCAUCAGGGGCUAUGACUCCAUCACCGUUGAGAGAGGCCAUGGAUGAUGUGAUGGAGCAGUUGGACGUGUUGAGCGGCGGCGGUAAACUUCCUCGCGAUGGAUCUCCGGAGCCUCUCGACCCCUGGGCGCCCGAGGCUUUUGAAGAAAUUCACCAAAAAUCGAGGAAGGCUCGGGAUAAACGACCUCAAAGUACCCUGUUAAUCGACGAGGGAUACGAAACAUACAGUGGGACUGGCUCGAGCUUGGUAGGACCGACGUCCAAACCGCCCCAACCACAAGAUGAGCCAUCACGCCUCCCACAGUUAAGUAACUACGUCGAGAGGAUGGAAUCCAGGUUGAGGACCAUGCACCAGCAUAGCGCCAGCAUGAAUAACAUUACUGAAGGCCCCCCUCCUCCUCCUAAAAGUCCGUUCAUGAACAGGCCAAAGUCAUCAAUCGAGUCCCGAGUGGCGGCAGACCCAAGGCUUAGGAAAAAGAAGUCAUCAUAUGAUAUGGGACGACAGACUCUUGAUCGAAGUUCGACCACCAAAACCACGUCGACUAAUGCAUCCGAUGCCCCAAGCAAUGUCACCUAUUCCUCGACAACAACUGACAGUACUAAUCGGAGUCUGAUGAGUGGUGUUUCAGCGGGGGGCAUAAGCGCCACGAGUGCUGGAAGCUUGGCAAGGAAGAACCGAAUUAGGGCUCACAGUGCGCUCAGCAUCCGGGAGGAAUCCGACCGCCCAGAAACUCCGUUUACGGGGAUAACGUACCACAGCAGCCAUGCUUCGGAGAAUGUGCAUAUGCAACCAAAGUCCCGUACCGACCUUGGCCAAGAGGACUCGAUGGGUAACCUGGGAGGCCUUGUUACCCCAAAACCGAAGAAGCAGAACUUUAUCAAGCGAAUUCUCGAGUCCGCCAAGACCGGGGUUGCCAACAGCAGAAAUAGCAUUGCUUCUGCAGGGUCAUCCUCACCGACUAAAUCAGCGACAAAUCCGCUUUCUGCUCUAUCUGGAGGUCCGUCCCUGUUACCAGCGAAGAAUAUUGGGAGGGAAGGCAUGGGCAGUGGUGUUGACUGGGUCCAGGUUCGGCGAGACGUCAACCGUUCCAACUCUUUGAGCCAGAACGAGCGUACGGAACGAAAGGAAAGAUGUCAAAUGCUGGACCAUCCAGCUUUGAAUCCCGUGGAGGAACUGUACAACAGCAUCGAUGGCGAUGAGGGCGCCGAUGGAAUGCCCGUCCAGGAGCCCUUCAACUAUCUAACUAUUAACCUGAGCCAGGUCGACAAGAACUCCCGCUUUGUGGCCAGCCUGCCCCCCACCACGACGGCCGCAUCGCUUGCGGCUACCUACGUUUGCCGGCCAUACCAUAGCGAUGUUCAGCGCCUACGUGCCAUCUUCACCUGGGUUUCCGAGAAGGUUUGCUGGGAGGAGGACUUUGAGGGGCCUAUCGACACGCGACGGGUUAUUCACUCGAGGCGUGGAUGCUCCGAAGAGUUUGCGGUUCUCGUUGCGGAGAUGUGCGAAGCUGUGGGCCUGCAUUGUGAGGUCGUCCGCGGUUAUCUCAAAUCGCCCGGCGAGAUCCCUGAUGCCAAUAUUGUUCCCCGUCCCAACCACUGGUGGAAUGCGGUGAUUGUUGACAACGAGUGGAGGAUGAUGGAUACCUGUUUGGCGAGCCCGUCCUUCCCACGCCGUGCUCUGUACUCGAGUUGGAACAGCUCUCAAGCGGACCCCUGGUGGUUCCUAGCACGCCCUACCGAGAUCUGCUGGACGCAUAUCCCCGAACACCACGAACAACAACACAUCUGCCCGCCCGUUGCUCACGAGGUCCUACUCAAUUUGCCCUGUGCCUGCCCACCAUACUUCAAGCACGGUCUGGACAUGUUUGACUACAACACCUCUCUGAUCAGGAUCGAGGAUCUCGAAAUGGUGCACAUCAAGUUCAACGUGCCAGCUGAUGUCGAAAUUGCCGCAGAGGUCGAGACUCGCGCCCUCACCAAGGAUAACGACGGUGAUGUCUUUGAGUCUGGCGAAGUAGUCAAGAAACGUGCCCUCGCACAGGCAGAGUGGUUCGGAGGCGUCAAGCGCUACACGGUCAAGGCCCUCCUGCCCGGCGAUGAAGGCACCGGCACGCUCAAGAUCUACGCUGGCAAGCGUGGCCUAAUGCACAGCAUCAAGGACAUCCCACACCCUCUCGCCUUCGCUCUUCCCAUCAUCCACACGGGCGAAAACCCGCCCUACGAGUUCGUCACCCGCCAUCCAACCCCUCACGCCCAGCGCCAUGAUCUCUACAUCGUCCAACCGCAAUGCCAGCGCCUCGCCCUCAACAAUACCUUCGUCUUCAUCAUCCGCCAACACCCAAGCUCGAGCUCAACCUCCGACGGCCCCAUGUCCCCAUCCAUUACCUCCGGCAGCGCCUCUCCGAUCCCCUUUCAUCGCCCUUCCAGCGCCAUGAGCAUGACCUCGAGCGCAGCCGGUGGUUCCCAGCCCAGCACCACCGCUGGCGGUUCUGGCAACAGCAGCAGCAGCAGCAGCAAGAAACCCGCCAAGCUGGCCAUCCAAACCCCCGGCGGCAAGAUCCUCCGGCUGAUGAGAAAAGAGGACCGCGGAAACGGCAGAGGAACAGGCAUCGGGUUCGGGAGUCGGGCGGCCGCGCAAGCAGCGGCCGAGCCGGGCGAGGAAGGGGAUGGAGGCACGUGGGAGACCAUCAUCAAGUGCAGCGAGCGCGGUACAUGGAGGGGACUGGUGUUGGCUGAUAGGACAGCCAGGUGGUGCGUUUUCGCUGAGUGGGUUUGUCAGUAAGAAUGGCUUAAGCCUGCCACUAGACGGUCCAUGAAGGAAAGUUCCAUCUGAAAAAGGCACUACCUGCAGGUUGGCUCGUGGUGGGCUAAGGGGACAUCCGAGGUGAACGGGUGUCUUGGAAAAAAAGGAGAUCUCGAAGAACGAGAAGAAAGAAGCACGAGCGGUGUUUUUGAUUGAUUGACCUUGCACACAUGAGGUCCUCAUGUUGGACUCCAAUGUAUGGCUAUAAUGUCGUAUGGUUUUAUGGUUGGGUUUUGAUGAGCCCCAAUUUCUUUUUUCAAUUCUGGUUUUUUUUUUUUUUCUUCACAUAGGUGUCACAUCGCAUUGUUCGAACCUUGGCGAGGCGUUCAAGGGAAGAGAAACGCGCAUAGCAAGCGAAGCGAAAGCAGAUGUAUGUUCUAGUUUUUGUGCUUGGGAUCCUCGCUCCAGAUGUACGCAGUGUACACUGCUUGUUAGCUUUAGUUUCACGUUGAGCAAGUGGGACUCACAGGGAGGGGGGGAUUUGCGGAGGUCGUUAUGUAAAUCCUAGCUAGCAUCAUCGGUUGGCUGGGCAUACGAAGAAGUGAAGAGGAGAGAACAAGAAAUUUAUGAAUAUACCCCCAUCAUUCUGGUUUGAGUUG